UGUAUUCCUAAAGGAGAUAUCAAACCCCACUCUAGUCAGGGCACUUGCCCAGAUGAAUGGAUUUUUUAUAGAAAAAAAUGCUACUUUUUCUCUAAAGAAGAAAAAGACUGGAAUUCAAGCAGACACAUCUGUUUAACGCAACAUGCUGCCUUAACUGGGAUUGACGAUCAGAUUGAAAUGGUUUUUCUUUUGAAACACAAAUGCACUGGUGAUCACUGGAUUGGGCUGGAGAUAAAAAGCACAACAGAAAAAGAGACAUGGUAUUAUGUGUCAGGGAAUGAGGGAUGUGGUUAUCUGCAUGAAAAUGGCGUGGCAACCGCCAGAUGCUACACAGAAAGAAAAUGGAUUUGUGAGAAAAAUGUACAUUGUAUAACAAUUUCCGAUGUUUGACUUAACAACCACAGACCUGAAAACAUAAAAUAUAUAGAAGAAAAUAUAGGUAAAACACUACAAGAUAUACAUCACAAUAACAUCUUCAAAGACUCAUUACUCAAAGCAAAGAAAGUCAAGGAAAAGAUAAACACCUGGGAUUACAUCAAACUGAAAAGCUUCUGCACAGCAAAAGAGACAUUAACCAAAACAGAGAGACACCCCACUGAUUAAGAAAAAAUCUUUGCACUUCAGUCAACUGAGAAAGGACUGAUCACAAAUAUACACAAAGAACUCACACGACUCAACAAAAAUAAAUUAAACAAUCCAGUCAAGAAAUGGGCAGAACUUAAUUAAAAGACAUUUCUCCAAAGAGGAAAUGCAAAUGGCCAACAGGCAAAUGAAAAAAUGUUCAACAUCCCUUAUAAUCAGAGAAAUGCAAAUCAAAAACACAUUGAGAUGUCACCUUACGAGUAAGAAUGGCACAUAUCAAAAAAAUAAGCAACAACAAAUGUUGGCGAGGAUGUGGUGAAAAAGGAACUC